UCAGGGCAUAAAAUGGGCUGCAUAGUCGUCAUGGCAACGUUGUGUGUGGCUGGAGUGCACGUCAAAUGAGUGCUAAAGUAAUUCAGAGUGUUUUAGGUGUUUAAAAGCAACAAACUCAAGCUUACUAGUUAGCUGGCCGCUGUCGGAUAAAAAUGUAAGUCAACCCGUCCUCACUUUAACAUAAUGGUAAUAGAAAGCACAGUUAGCUAAUGGUGGUAGUUGGCAAAUUUAAUUUGAGUUGGAAAGAAGUCGUCACCCCCGUUCAAAGAAUGCUUCGUUAGCCGAGUGAACCAAAGCGAUGUCAAGUAACAACCUCCCACCGGUGCGCCAUUUGCCGCACUGGACCCGAGUUGGGCGUCUCGGGAAACCUUGCUCUCCACGACGUUUACCGGCGCAACGACUGCAGCCGUUGCCUGUUGUCCCGGCAGUGGACAGAGGAGUGGGGAGAACAGCAGAGCUGUCCUGUCACAGCGACAUGGACCCCCGCGUCGCAUCAAUGCAGAGGAAUAUCCAAUUCCUGCAGCAACAACACAAGGAAACUCUUGAGAGGCUCCAUGCAGAGAUAGAAUAUCUCAGACGGGAGAAUAAAGAUUUGCAGUAUAAAAUCAUAAUGGAGCCUCCAAAGUCAAGUAGAAAAGGACCGACACACAGUCGACGAGGUGUUAGACCGCCCACUCAGGGAAGUGAAGCUUGUAGCGGACUCUACCUGGAGGAGCCGCUGCAGGACAUGCGACCCUCACAGGACCAGGCAUUAAGCAUUGGAGAGGGAAGCGAAAUUCUGGGAUCUGCCAGGGAGGACCAUGGCCCAGAGGUGAAGGGGGGGCUCAUCACUUCAUUACAGCCUCUACGAAUUCACAGCGGUCCCUCCCAUCCACCGCGCGCUCCGACACUACAGGAGUGUGAGGUUAUCAUCCGGCAGCUCUACAAUGCAAACAGUUUACAGUCUCAGGAAAUUAUACGUGUGAAGGCAUUGCUGAGGGAUAUAGUCUUGAGUAAGAAAAUCACCCCAGAAAACUACAUUUUGACCAAGGCCUACCUUGUUGAUGGUACUCGCAAAUCUUUUGAGGAGAAGAAAUUUCCAAAACUUGGUCUUCAAACAUAUCCAGAAAAAACGUCAGGACCCUCUCAGUCUGGUGUGGUCCUCCCAGCCCUCAAGCAGAGCCUCAGCUCAACCAUUGCAGAAAGACAGAGGAGGGCUCGUGCUGUGCAGAGAGACCGUUUCAAAAGGACGAUGCAGUGACAAGAUCAAAACUACCAGAGCGUUAGCCACAGCCACCUCAGGGCUGGGGUUUUCGUGAUUCUUCUGAAAAACCUUAGUCACAAAAGCUGAAUGUGUUCUACCCAACGCUUUUUCAGUAAUCAGUAAAAUUUACAUUUGAAAUAUUCACAGUAUGUCCAAUUAUUUGAUGUUUUGUAAUAGAUGACUAUAAUGAGUAGAUAAUCUUACUCAUGAGGAACACGUUUUAUGAAAAGAUAAAAAAAAAAAAAAAAAAAUGAAGGUCUAUAGACUUAAAAGCUUUGAUUCUGCACACAAAAGGGGGAAAGAAUGUCCCAAAUCUAGCUUUGUACAGGAGAUGGUAAAUAUAUUUAUUUAUUCAUUUAAUUUCAUUCACAGCUAAGUAUUAAUAACUUUAGUCACUGCAAACAACCAAAGUAAAGCCUCUAAAAGCAUGUGCAAUUAAUGAGACACCAAGAAACUACCAGGCUUAUUUCUCAGGCACUUUUUGUGUUUGUCAACAGUGUAUGUGGGAUUGUUAAGCCCUGACUGGCGAAGUGUUACCGGUCAUGCACUGACAGUAAAACUGAGCAAGAUUAACACAAAACUCUAAUAAACUAUGGCAACACAAAACAGCAUUGUCUUUGUGUUUUUUCCUCCCAAUCUGGUGCCUCUUCCUGUUCUUUUUUUGUUUCUUUUAGCAAACAAAUAAUGUGCACAAUCUACUGUUUGGUGUAUGUCAUGCUGUGUAUGACACAAAAUAUGCAAGGGUGGUUUCCUUGCCUGAAAUAAUUAUGUUCUAUGUUCAUAUACGAAUUAAAGUUAUGAGUUUUAUUGUGAACGUUUACAAUGAUGUCAUUGAAGAUGAGAGAAGUGAAAACUUUUUUUUUGGAUGUGGCAGACUUGGCAGACAACUUGCUAGAUGAUGCAAUGUACAACUGUGAUUAUUAGUGUAGGUUUUCCUGCAUUUUUUAUUUUGACACAAACCUGACUUUAAUAAAAGGCUAUUUUGAUCUUCUGAUUUUCUGAUUAUGGUUAGUGAGUCAUUUUUUUAUGACUCAUAAGUCACAUUUCCCAUAUUCUCUGGGAAUAUUCUCUAAGGGGUCUUGCCAAAUUCUGUAGUGGUUGGUUCUGUCACCAACAUAUUGUGCAUAACACACACAUAUACACUGUAUAAAUGUAUGUAAAUCCCGGAUAAAAUUGAAUAGUGG